GGCUGCCGGGUCGGCGGGCACUUAGACCAGGCGGAACGUGCUGCAAGCUAUCUGUCGUUCAGUGAUCAGUUGGUGCUUUUCAUUCUCAUCGGAGAGAAAACAGCUGAUAGAGAGCUUAACGUCUGAGUCUAUGUAGCCGAGUGACUCUGAAAUAUUAAUUGCGUUUCUUUUUCUCUCUAAAUGAUGUGGUUAUAAUGAGGUGAGGAUGGCCAAGCGACCCGGGACGGACGACGGGAUGUUGACUUCGCCGACCAAUGCGACCAUACUUCAGGAUUCUUCCGAUUUGAACACCGGGGAGGUGAACAUGGACUGCAGCGACGGAGCCGCGGAGGUCUCAUUGGAAGAAAUCCUGAAACUGUACAGCCAGCCGAUAAACGAGGAACAGGCAUGGGCGGUGUGUUAUCAAUGUUGUCGGACUUUAGCGCAGAAAUCUCGGAGGAAAAGCUCCAAGUCUGCCGGUGCUUCAGCCGUCGACUAUCCGAGGAGGAUUGAGGGACCCGGGGAUGUGAAGAUCGGGAGAGACGGGACUGUGAAACUGCACUUUGAAGACGGCACAGAUAAAUACCAACCUGCCCCCACGUCAUUGGAGGUUAUUGACUCACUCGGUGUCAUGAUUUACAAAGCUCUGGACUUUGGCCUCAAAGAAAAUGAGGAGCGUGAACUCAGCCCGCCGCUGGAGCGCCUGAUCGACAUGAUGACCAACACCGAAGAAACCGAGAGUGACCCCUGUCCUGACGAGGGCUACGAAGCCACAGAGGAGGAAGAUGAGUGCGAGGAGGAGGAAGAAGAGGAGCCCGUCUCUGCCACCACCACAGUCACCAGCAUUCGCAGCUAUCGAGACCUCAUCACGCUAUGUUCUUCCCACCUGCCCAGCCCAUCAGACGCCCCCAGCCAUUACCAGGCUGUGUGUCGUGCUCUCUAUGCCGAAACCAGGGAACUACACACCUUUUUGGAGAAGAUAAAGAGUGCCAAGGAGAACCUUCGAAAAAUGGAAGGCAGUACUCGAGGGGACCCUGUUAAAGACCUUGAUGAGCUGCAAAAUGCAGAUUGGGCACGGUUCUGGGUGCAGGUGAUGCGAGAUCUACGAGAUGGUGUUAAAUUAAAGAAGGUUCAGGAGCGUCAGUAUAACCCAUUACCCAUAGAAUACCAGCUGACACCGUACGAAAUGCUGAUGGACGACAUCCGCUCCAAACGUUACAAGCUGCGAAAAGUCAUGGUGAAUGGAGACAUCCCGCCAAAGUUAAAGAAGAGUGCACAUGAGAUCAUUCUUGAAUUCAUCAGGUCGCGACCACCUCUCAACCCUGUUGCAGCCCGUAAACUGAAACCCCACCCACCACGUCCCCGGAGCCUGCACGAGCGACUGCUGGAGGGCAUCAAAGCUGAAAGGAAGCUCAGGCCAGUCUCACCGGACAUGAUCCGCAGAAGCCGCCUAGGUGCAGGGAAAAGCAUCAGCACUCCGCAGGACUUGUUCCGCAGUUCAGACACUCCUGAUGCGCCCAGGAAAUUGGCCGUGAGCACCCAGUCUCUGGCCAUUGGCACCCUGGGAGCCAAUCAAGGUGGAGCGCCCCUUAGCCAGAGGAAGAGGCUGCUCAAAGCGCCCCCGCUGGCUGAGUUGGACAGCUCCGAAUCUGAUGAGGAGCCCACACGGAGCAGCUCCAGUAUGUCCACGUCUUUGAUGGAGGACACGUCACCCGAGUCUGUCACAGGGAAGAAGGCUCCUCCAAAGUUCCUGCCGGUCUCUGCCACUCCACAGCCAGACAAGCGUCAGUCUCCACAGAGGCGGCACUCUAUCGAGAAGGAGGCCCCCACCAGCGUCUGCCCGUUUGUACCUCCAUCCAGACAGAGCUCCAAGUCUUUGCGGAUGGCGGAUCCCAGCACCAAGGUGCAAGCCGCCAGUGGUGCUCAGGGCACGGAGGAGUUCUGCUACCCGGUGGAGUGUCUGGCGCUCACUGUGGAGGAGGUGAUGCACAUCAGACAGGUUCUGGUCAAGGCCGAGCUGGAGAAGUUUCAGCAGUACAAAGAGAUCUACACCGCCCUCAAGAAAGGAAAGGUUUGCUUCUCGUGUCGGAUGAAGAAGUUCUCUCUCUUUACCUGGUCCUACACCUGCCAGUUCUGCAAAAGGCCUGUGUGUUCCCAGUGCUCUAAAAAGAUGCGACUGCCACCUAAGCCCUACUCCACCUUGCCCAUUUAUUCUUUGGGCCCCAGUGCUGUGUCUAAAGAAGAGGCAAGUGGAGCGUUUGCCCCUGCUGAGCCAGAAAAGCACCCAUUUGGGUCUGGACACAGCAGACAGAGCCAACGCAGAAGUGUUUACAAGUCAUCUAAGCAAAGCAGCAGUAGUAGCAGCAAAGAUGGCCGAUCACAGGACGAGCCAGAGCUGCCCAAGGAGUUUACUGAGGACUGGGUCACCAUGGAGAUCUGCGUAGACUGCAAAAAGUUCAUCAUGGAGAUCAUCUCCUCCAGCAAGCGCAGCCUGUGCGUGGCCACCAAACGUGCCCGUCUCAAUCGCAAAACCCAAUCCUUCUACAUGUCCUCGUCUAACUCGGUCAACUUUAGGCCGUCUGAGCGCGCCAUCAAUGAGGUGUAGAAAGCGGGACUGCCCUGUGCACUUUUCUUCACGCCUCUCCCAGAGCUUAGUUGUUCAAUGAAGAAGAAACAACCUUUUAAUGAAGCCAGUCCAUCCCACCCCAAAGUUAGUAAAGGUUAUUAUACUUUACCCCGUCUCAGGAAAAGUUGGCACGCUAUGAUUGGUCAUGACUGGUCAGGACUGUAUCAUAGUUGCCAGAUAACAAAGGAGAGCCAUGUUUCUAUAAGUCGGUGAUCUUCAGGACACAUUGGGUAAAAUGGUUAAAUUAAAGGUGCUGUAGGUAGGAUUGCGAAGAACCAGGACUUAGCCAAAAAAUUUGAACGUCUACAACU